AUGUGUGUAUUGUCCAGGUGGGAGUACGAUGAGAGUUACUGCGAGGCGGUGAAGAAAAUGCCUCCAUACGAUGCAGGACCAAGGCUGCUGGACGUCAUCGACACAGCCAUAUUUGAUUAUCUCAUUGGGAACGCUGAUCGGCAUCACUAUGAGAGUUUCCAGGAUGAUGGCGGUGCCAGCAUGCUCAUCCUGCUCGACAACGCUAAGAGCUUCGGGAACGCAGCUCUGGAUGAGCGAAGUAUCCUAGCACCACUCUAUCAGUGCUGCAUGGUUCGUGUGUCCACAUGGAACAGGUUAAACCUGCUGAGAGGCGGAGCUCUGAGUUCAGCUAUGCGGCAGGCUCUGGCAUUCGACCCUAUCCACCCGAUCCUGGCUGAGACGCACCUCACAGCCCUCGACAGGCGUCUGUCUGGAGUCAUUGCAACUGUCAAGCAGUGUAUGGAGGCACAGGGCCCUGACAACACUCUAAUAGAGGACCGAAUGAAUCUCCCACAUCCCUAGAAAUACGGGACAGGAGAAAACUGGAACAGCCGGGACUCAACCUCCCGAGCCAGGGACAGAGGAGAGGGAUAUGGCAGGAGGUGACAGAUCAAAUGGAAGAGCCCUGGUGUUAAAUCAAAAGAUGCAGAGUGAGUAAAUUGAUCGACAGAGUGGAUGAAAGACUGUGUACCGCCCACCCUUUUCUUGGUUGUCACUCCAAUAAGACUGGAGUGAUUCUCUAAAAGGAAUCACUGGAUUCAAAGUGUUGUCACCUUCAGCUAUAUAAACGUUUUCUCAGGACUGUUGAAUACACUAUAGGACAGAAUCUGCUGUAAGGACCCCUCCAUCUACUACUACUGGCUGUGAUGACACUUUUGCCUUGUGCCAAAUUCUCCCUCCCAGCUUUCCCUUAGGAGUCAACUACGGAGGAAGAAUCGGAGCUCGGAGAGACACUCAAAAAGAGCAGGAGGUGAAAAUGAGCCACCGACGCCUCGAUGAAAGACCCUGUGCAGCCAUGUUUCAGGCUGGAGCUGGAGCUUACAGUCCAAGAAACUGCAAUGUAGAUUCCUGUUGAACUGACAGGAAAUUAAAUCACUUUAGAACUGAAAAUGUUUUUGUCCCCCCCCCCUUGACCUGAAAUUGAACUUUGGAGAUCAGCCCUACCCCAUCAUUGUGUACAUAUUUAAAGAAAUAGUGACAUAGAAUUAUGGGACGAAAGAAUAUAAAUUUGUGGAUUACAAUAUUAAAUAAACUUAAGGGUACGUGCGGGCGUGCGUAAGUGUGGGGGUGUGUGUCUGUGUGUAUGGAGGAGUGCCAUAUUGUGCCGUUAAUAAACAAAGCUACUGACAUGUCAGACUUGAAGUGAGGGGACACAAAGGUUGGGUGUGUGUAUUCAUCUUCAGCAUUAAACUGAACUAUUUAAAUGUG